AUGACUCAGAAGUACCUGCAAAGUCAAAGCAGUAUUGGUGAAGAUGCUUUAUAUGCAUGGAACUUCUCAACUCCCAAGACACAUCAUACCCUUCGGAUAUCCAAGUCUUUGCAAAAACUGUACCAUCUGCUUGGAAUAUUCUACACCUUCUGCAACCUGAAGCACCAUACACUGUUGAAAAAGAAAGGUAUCUGUCGAGGCGUCCGGAGGCGCCCCGUGCAAGUGCCCCCGGCUCACUCAAGCCUGAGGUUGCCAGGCGCCCCCUGCACACCUUCCCCGGGCGCGCAGACCGCAGCCCGGCUGCUCCGCAGGCGCCUCCUUGGGUUUCCCACGGUCUCCUCCGCGAUUCCCGGCCGAGCACCGCGGUCCCGGACUGCGCCGCGCGCCCGCCCGCUCUCGGAGAACGCGGAGAACCCGCGCCCGGGCUGGGACGCCGGCUACGCUGUCCCUCACACUGGCCGGGGAGGACCAGGGAUCUGCAACGCAGGCCGGGGGUACUCCCGGGGCGGGCCGUGGGCUUUGGGAGCCGGGGUCCGAGGACUCCCGGGUCUCGAGCUGGUCUUGCCAGAUAACGUUUACCACCGCCGAGAGACUGCAGUUGCACAACAGUUCGCUAUCGGGACUCAGAAAAAAAUCAGUGUGGCCAAGUUUAAUAGUCGGUUAGGUAUUUCUUAUUCAGAAGCACAUGAAGCCAAGUGUGCCGCUUCACGCUUACAGUCCCAGCUAUUCAGCAGGCUGAUGCGGAUUGAUCGCAAAAGGAAAAGAAAAAUUGAGGAAAUCAAGGAUUUUCUGCCCAAAACCAGGUGGAAGGAUGCCAAAUCUGUCAAGAUAAAGAAGAACAAAGAUAACAUGAAGUUUAAAGUUCAAUGCAGUAGAUAUCUUUUAACCUUGGUCAUCGCAGACAAAGAAAAGGCAGAGAAACUGAAGCAGUCCCUGCCCCCAGCCUUGGCAGUAAAGGAGUUGGCACGAACCAGCCAGACUGAUGUGAAUUCCCGGUUGCGUUUUUUGCUUUGGGGCCGGCCGUUGUUGGCUUAA